AUGCACUUGAUGUACACUCUGGAUGCGGAAGGAAACAGAGUUUAUACUCUGAAAAAAGUUACAGACACCGGGAAAAUCACCAAGUCGGCUCACCCUGCGAGGUUUUCGCCAGAUGACAAGUUCUCAAGGCACCGCGUCACCAUUAAAAAGCGUUAUGGUGUACUUUUGACACAACUACCAGCGAAGCCUUUGUAGGGUCGCCUAAUGAACUGGCUGGACAUUUGUUUGUAUUGAACUUCCGUUCGUUGAUCUCUGGGAGAAGCAUAGGCAGGCUGUAGAGUGGGCGCACCAAGAGGGCACGUGUCGAGACUCGUACAUAGGCCCACAAUGAUGAUCCUGUCAUUGUUAUAGCGCUAGGUUGGGGACAAGAUAUAUAUACAAUGAUAAGGAUUGUGAUACACUUUUUACUGUUUGAGAUUUGGUUGUGAGUGUACAGAUGGUAGAAAUAGCGAUAUGUACUUUUUGGCCAGUGGCAGCAAGAAAUACGGAGC